AAUUAUAUGUAGACGUCCUUGACCAAUCGGAGACGUCGUUACAUGAGAACAUCCUGUUGUUGUUAUGGUCGGUUAAGGUGUAAGUUGCAAGAAAGGAAAAUCGUCAGCGGGUUUUCUGUGAAUGAGGACUUGGAAAAGAUAUUUAUUUAACAAACUGCCAUGACAGAUACAUUGAAGGACCUUUUAAACAUUGUUAAUAAAGAGGAGGAGAAAUACUAUUUUUGGAAAAGUUUAUCAAAAGGAACGGUAGCAAAACAGUUAACUGUUGGAGCUGUAACUGGAUGGUGUUCCGGAAUAACUUUUGCUAAAGUUGGGAAAGUAGCUGCUGCAUCAAUUGGAGCAAGCCUUUUAUUAUUUCAAUUAGCUCAUCAUCAAGGAUAUAUAAAAGUUAAUUGGUCUUUAUUAAAUAAAGAUAUUGAAAAUGCUAAGAGAAUAUUGCUGAGACGUAAAAAAAGAGGAUUCAAUCGCAUAUAUGCAGAGGUUGAAGAAUUUUUGGAAGAAAAUAUUUUUCUAGCUACUGGCUUUACUGGAGGAUUUCUGCUUGGAAUUGCAACUAGUUAGACUGUGGUUUUUUAAAAUUUAGAAUGAACAAAAAAUAAUUUUUGUUGGUAUAUGUAUUUCUAGAUUAUUUACCCUGCACAAAUAGCAUCUUCUACUGAAUUUUAUUAAACGAGUACAUAUGCUGCAGAUUAUAUGUGAUCAUUCACAGUAUUAAUCUAUUGAUAUAAUUUUUGUAGUAAGUUAACAUCUAUUUAUCUAUUUAUUUCUAGAAGAAUAUCUGCUAAGUUUUUUAUUUUAGUUGUUUAAAAAAAAACUUUUUGAUGUAGCAAAUUAUUUUAUAUACUCUUUUUACUUAUAGUAUUAUAUAUAGAGCUUCACACCUGUAUAGAGUUUUGCAAAAUGUUAUACACCAUUUUGGUACAUAACAAAAGUCUUCAUUUUUGAUUUUCUAUAUAAAAAAAAAUCAAGUUAUUCCAUAAAAUUAAGCUUUUUCUAUACCAGUGAAAAAUUUAUUAAUACCAAGCGGUAUGCAUUUUAAAAGUGUUAUGGUGAAUUUACUUUUUUUAUAUAUGAAUAUUGUUAAUUGCAAAUUGACUAAUAAAGGAAAGGAAUGUUACUGUAUUCAUAUUAAAAUCAAAAAUAUAAUUGCAGAUUAUGAAAUUGUAUUUUUGUAAUAAACUUUUCAGUUGGUGA